GUGUUGCCGUUCACAAACAGCGCCCGCAUUUUCAAGCUGUGCGCACUUCCUGGGAGUGCGCGGCACUGCUGUACGGGACCUCUGUGUGAGGUGCCGAUUAAGCCAUCACUGAUUGGCCAAUCAGUGAUGACACGAAUAGUAGUAAGCAAGAUGCCACUUGUGACAUCAUUGCUUACUACUAGUGAAAUCUGUGAAUGAUCACAGAGGUCACAUGGUACAAGGCUAAUCACAACAGCCUUGUACCAUGUGACCAGCUGUGACCAAUCACAGCUCACACAGUAUUUCUCAAUGGCUGCAAGAAUGCAGCCAAAGAGAAGGAGAAAUGAUUGCUU